AUGGUAUUCAUGGGUCAAUUUGGAAUGCUGGUGGCUAUGGCAGCCCUGGCGGUUGCUGCACCGGCACAACCAGUGCCUCGAGCUGUCUCCUCCGCUACACUGAGCGAGUUGACUCUAUUCUCUCAGUAUGCGGCAGCCUCGUAUUGCACGAACAAUGUCGGUUCCACGGGCAACGCAGUGUCCUGCUCGGGAGGGUACUGCCCACAGGUCCAGUCCGCUGGAGCGACGACCCUAUACGAAUUUGAAGACUCCACCGACUUUGGCGACGUGGCAGGCUUCCUUGCCGUUGAUCCCACCAACAAAUUGCUCGUGGUGUCCUUCCGAGGCAGUCGGACCCUUAGCAAUUGGAUUGCCAACCUAGACUUUGGCCUCACCGAUGCCAGUAGCCUCUGCACUGGCUGCAAGGCUCACUCCGGAUUCUUCCUUUCCUGGAAAGCCGUCUCUGCUGCCCUGACCGCACAAAUUGCGAGUGCCGUGUCGGCUUAUCCCAGUUAUACACUGGUCCUGACCGGCCACAGCCUCGGCGGUGCCUUGGCUGCUCUGGGUGGCACUGCUCUCCGUAAUGCGGGAUAUACUCUGGAACUCUUUACCUAUGGUCAACCCCGCGUUGGUAACACCGCAUUGGCCACCUACAUGACGAAUCAAGGGUCCCUCUGGCGUGUCACCCAUACGGAUGACAUCGUGCCCAAGUUGCCCCCAGCUUCGUGGGGAUUUACCCAUGCCAGUCCCGAGUAUUGGAUUACCAGCGGUGAUGGUGUGACCGUCACGACCAGCGAUAUCACCGAAGUCACCGGGGUAGGCUCGAGUGCUGGUAAUGCUGGGACCAGCGGGGACAGUGUGUCCGCGCAUAACUGGUAUAUUGUGGAGAUUGAUGGCUGUGCAUGA